UUUCAAUUUUUCUUGACAGCUCAUUUGCAGACGGACGUCAAAGGCGGGAAUCAAAACAACCAACAUGGAAGCUCAUCGCAAAUCUUGUUUCGAAGCCUUGCGACACAAAAAUGCCUGCUCGAUCGAUGAACUCAAGUCUAGACUGCGAAAGCUUUACGUCCAAGACUUGAAGGUCAAGCGAGACAAGAUAUUGAAAGAUAAACGAGAUAUCGUCAUUUCAGAGGAAGAUGAGGUCGAUUUCUAUAAACGCUAUUGUCGAGAGUUUUUCGGCCGCCAUGAGGAUCCUGUCGACGUGGAUGAUGCUCUUUUACACCAAAUUUGGGAGGAAAUCAGGCUUGAAGAGAUUGAAAAAGCAGAAGCCAACUUGUUUGAAAGCUUGGUUGACCAUUCCAGCGGUGACCAAAUCGUCUGCCCUGUCUGUCUGAAAUUGCCAGCUCAACUGGACAAAAGUCACUGUUUGACCUGCAGCUGCGGUCUCAAGUUCCCGCUGCCAAACCACAUUGACCUCAAGGACUUUGAGGCCACUCUCCUGACGGGGAAUGACAUUCACAGCGAAACCUGCAAGUCCACUCCAAUGUAUAGGGUCCGUCCAACCAGUGAGAACAGCCUCCAGUUCAUCUCCAGCUGCGAGUCUUGCCUCUACUUCAACAUCUUCCUAGAGACCCCAAUCUAAGGCAUGCCAAUCUCAAUUCUGUACUGUGCCUCAUUACUGUGUCUUAAUCGUGAAUUAUUCAAUUCUCUUUCGCUCAACAACUAAAUCAACAAACAAAAAUAGGCAUGGAUAUUUAUAUAUAUACAUACCCACCCCCGAUUUUCCCCCCGCUAGGGGUUAUGUGCUCGUAUACCUAAUAAAUUUGUUUAUCUCUCUA